UUUCCCGCGCACAUUUGUUGCAAGUUGGCUGUCAGCGAGCGGACGGAAGAAUUACAUUAUUGAAGUAGGCUACUUAACGCAUAUUGCCAUCGCAUAUACUGCUGCACAGAUUGUUUUUUCCCCCUAUUUUGCCGUAGACAUGCCAGCCACAGAUUAUGAUCCUGCCAGUUUACCAGACUUGUUACCAUUGUACUAUCGCCGCCUGUUCCCUUUCUCACAGUACUAUCGGUGGCUAAGUUAUGGAGGUGUAACCAAGGGCUACUUCCAGAACCGUGAGUUCUCCUUCACCCUCAAAGAUGACAUCUAUGUCCGAUACCAGUCUUUCAGCACGCAGAAUGAGCUGGAGAAAGAGAUGCAGAAGAUGAACCCGUACAAAAUUGACAUUGGAGCCGUAUACAGCCACAGGCCCAAUCAACACAACACCGUGAAGUCCGGAGCAUUCCAAGCCCUGGAGAAGGAACUGGUAUUUGAUAUUGAUAUGACCGACUAUGAUGAUGUCAGAACAUGCUGCAGUGCUGCUGACAUUUGUGCCAAAUGCUGGACGUUGAUGACCAUUGCCAUCAGAAUUCUUAACCGGGCACUGAGAGAGGACUUUGGCUUCCGGCACCUUCUGUGGGUGUACUCUGGCCGGAGAGGGAUCCACUGCUGGGUGUGUGAUGAUGCAGCGAGGAAGCUGUCGGUGGCGGCUCGUUCUGCUGUUGCAGAGUACCUCAGUCUAGUCAAGGGUGGUGAAGAGACCAUGAAGAAGGUUCAGCUGUCAGAUCCUCUACAUCCGUUCAUCAGAGAAUCUCUUGUUGUGGUUGAGCACUACUUUCCCAAGUAUGCCCUCACUGAUCAGGACAUAUUGGGCAACAGCAAGACUGUGGACAAAGUGCUGGCUCUUGUGCCCGAAGAGGUGCGAGAGGACUUGCAGACUCAGUUCCAGAGUGAAAAGAACCCUCAGAAGCGCUGGAACAGGCUCUGCAGUGUGGUGCAGCACCAGCGGGUGACGUCCAAGAAAGGAUGCCAGUAUAUCGAUAAGGAGAUCAUGCUGCAGUACUGCUAUCCCAGACUCGACGUCAACGUCAGUAAAGGAGUCAACCACUUACUGAAGAGCCCUUUCAGUGUCCAUCCCAAAACUGGGCGAAUCUCUGUGCCAAUUGACCUUGAAGAACUAGACUCAUUUGAUCCUUUUGAAGUUCCAACAAUCCGCCUGAUCUGUGAGGAGCUGGACAAGCCCAGGGCUGCCGAUGAGGAAGACGAGGGGGAGAAAGAGAAUGAAAACGAGGUGGACGCAGCCGAGCGACGCAAAACCAGAGACUACAAGAGAACAAGCCUCGCUAAGUAUGUGAAGCAUUUUGACCGAUUCCUGGAUGGGAUGGCUCGCUCUCGCAAAGGGGAGAUGCUGAGGAAGAGCGACCUCCAGAAGGACUUUUAACCCAGGGCUGAGCGUUCCAGCCUUCACACCGCCCUGUAGACGCACUGAAUUCUGACCAGCUAACUGCCCCAGGAGACAUGUUCAGUGCAGCAGGUUUCAUGAUUCCACUUGAUGUACAGAGACAUUUACUCAGCAGUGAAAAGGUUUAAUUACAAACCUUUUUACUAAAUUGUAAACUUAGUAAACAAGAUAUCACUAUGCAGACUCUUUUCCAUCUGUAAAAAGCUCUGGUGACUCACUUUUUAAAUGAAUAAAACAAGUUUAUAUAUCAAA